AGUGGUACUUUUAUAGUGGACCAGCCAUAUCUCUACCCCGAAAACCUCGAUUUUGAUUCUAAACACUGCAAAGUAUAUUUCGGGGAUAACUAUAACGCAACAGUCACAGUUUACAAUCCCUAUACUCAUACUAUUAAAGAGGUUAUCACCUUUCCGGGGAUUUCC